AUGGCGUCGGUACAGCCUCCGGGGCCUUAUCCUCCCCAGGCUGCUGGGAUAAUGCCGUUACCGGCCAACUUGACGCGGGAGCUUGUCCAGCAGGCAUACCAGAAAUACCAACAGAUGAAAGCCCAAGGCACCAGGGAGGACGAUCCGGAGUUCCUCAAAGCCCGCAACCUGCUUCAAGCUGUGCAACAACAGACGAACCUGGCCAAGCAGAGGCAAGCGUGGCAGCGGCAGCAACAGAUGCAGCAAAUGCAGCAACAACAGCAGCAGCAGAACGGUGCUUCGCAAGUGGCAGUCACGAACGGCGCAAAGCCGUCAGCUAUUACGAUGGCCGAUGGGAAGUCCUCCGCGCCCGCUGUUGAUCUCACAGCAGCACCGGCUCCUCAAAAUGGCACACAGAACUCACAACCUGCUGCCUCGGACAAACCCGCCCCUUCUAUAGGCGCUUAUGCUGGCACCGCAUUUACGCAGGACCAAAUGGCGACUCUGCGCACCCAGGUUAAUGCAUUCAAACUGCUUUCCAAGAGCCUUCCAAUCCCGCUCCACCUGCAGCAACAGCUCUUUCCUUCACAACAAGGGAGAAGGGCACCCACUCCCGCAGAAGCUGUGGCCGUCGCUGGUCAAGUCCUUGAGAAAACCACUCGCCGUACCAGUGCAACCGCUCCCGAUACCAGUGUAGAGCAAGCGGCAGAACAGACCCCUCGCAAGACUUAUGAGACCUUUACAAACCCAUACACCAUGCUUGGAGCCCCUAUCAGCUAUAGGGAUCAUAGUAUCCGAGAGCGACGGACAGUGCUACCAAGCAUCAUGCCUGUUGGAGUAGACGUCGAUCGAGUCCGGGAAGAGCGGGAGAAUAUCGUGUAUAACCGUAUCGUCUCACGGAAGGCAGAACUAGAGAAGCUACCUGCGAAUAUCGGAGUAUGGGAUACCAGCAAAACGGAUGCGCCGACCGAGGACGGUUCUCUGAAGCUGAAGGCUCUGAUAGAGUACAAGAUGCUGUGUCUACUGCCGAAGCAGCGCGCGCUUCGCCAGCAGAUCAGCCGUGAGAUGGUUCAUUCGGAUAACCUGGCUACGACUGCCAAUCGUGCCAUGUACCGCCGUGUGAAGAAGCAGUCUCUUCGCGAAGCCAGGAUUACCGAGAAGCUGGAGAAACAGCAACGCGACGCUCGCGAGACGAAAGAGAAGAAGAAGCACAGCGAUUACGUUAAUUCGAUCGUCAGGCAUGCAGAGGAGAUGCGGAAAUCGGCCCAAGAACAGAAGAGGCGGGUACAGCGGCUUGGACAGCUCAUGGUGGUGACGCAUCAGAGCAUAGAAAAGGAGGAACAGAAACGGGUCGAGCGGACGGCGAAGCAGCGUUUGCAAGCUCUGAAAGCGAACGACGAGGAAACGUACCUGAAACUGCUCGGUCAAGCAAAAGACAGUCGCAUCUCGCAUCUGCUCAAGCAGACAGACGGGUUCUUGAAUCAGCUCGCUGCGUCCGUCAAAGCACAACAGCGUGGCGCCGUCAAUCGAUAUGGUGAUCGCGACGCAAUUGAGGAGUCGUCGGACGAAAGCGAGGCUGAGGAAGGCGAUGAGCGCGGUGGAAAGAAGGUGGACUACUACGAAGUCGCCCAUCGUAUCAAAGAAGAAGUCAAGGUGCAAUCCAGCAACCUUGUUGGAGGAACACUGAAGGAAUACCAAAUCAAGGGCUUGCAGUGGAUGAUCUCGCUGUACAACAACAAUCUCAACGGACUGUUGGCCGACGAGAUGGGUCUGGGCAAGACCAUUCAGACCAUCAGUCUGAUAUGUUAUCUGAUCGAAAAGAAACACCAACCUGGACCCUUUCUUGUCGUCGUGCCGCUCAGCACCCUGACAAACUGGAAGAACGAGUUCGAGAAGUGGGCACCCAGCGUGAACAUGAUCGUAUACAAAGGUCCGCCGAAUGCUCGCAAGCUGCAGGCGCAACAAAUUCGCUACGGCCAGUUCCAGGUGUUGCUGACGACAUAUGAGUUUAUCAUCAAGGAUCGCCCUAUCCUCAGCAAGGUCAAGUGGCUCCACAUGAUUGUCGACGAAGGUCAUCGUAUGAAGAACGCCAACUCCAAACUCAGCAGUACCAUCACACAAUACUACACCACUCGGUACCGCCUUAUCCUCACCGGCACGCCGCUUCAGAAUAACCUGCCUGAGCUGUGGGCGCUGCUCAACUUCGUUCUUCCUACCAUCUUCAAGUCCGUCAAGUCAUUUGACGAGUGGUUCAAUACACCAUUCGCAAACACUGGUGGUCAAGACAAGAUGGAGCUUACAGAGGAAGAGCAGCUGCUUGUCAUUCGUCGCCUGCACAAGGUCCUUCGGCCAUUCUUGCUCCGCCGUCUGAAGAAAGAUGUCGAGAAGGACUUGCCAGACAAGCAGGAGCGCGUCAUCAAGUGCAACUUCUCCGCUCUACAGGCCAAGUUGUACAAGCAACUGGUCAACCACAACAGGCUCAUGGUCAGCGACGGCAAGGGCGGCAAGACCGGCAUGCGCGGCCUGAGCAAUAUGCUUAUGCAGCUGCGCAAGCUAUGCAACCAUCCUUUCGUGUUCGAGGAAGUCGAGGAGCAGAUGAACCCCGGUAAAGGCACAAACGAUCUGAUCUGGCGAACGGCCGGCAAAUUCGAGCUUCUUGACCGCAUAUUACCGAAGUUUCAGGUGACGGGCCAUCGUAUCCUGAUGUUCUUCCAGAUGACUCAGAUUAUGAACAUCAUGGAGGAUUUCCUCCGCUUGAGGGGUAUAAAGUACCUUCGCCUUGACGGGUCUACAAAGGCCGACGACCGUUCAGAGCUGCUGAGACUGUUCAACGCCCCCGGUUCGCCAUACUUCUGCUUCCUGCUGUCGACGCGUGCUGGUGGCUUGGGUCUCAAUCUACAGACUGCUGACACGGUGAUCAUCUAUGACUCUGACUGGAAUCCUCAUCAGGAUCUGCAAGCUCAGGACCGCGCGCAUCGUAUUGGCCAGAAGAACGAGGUGCGGAUUCUGCGACUCAUCAGCUCCAACUCCGUAGAAGAAAAGAUCCUAGAGCGGGCGAACUUCAAGCUCGACAUGGACGGCAAAGUCAUUCAAGCCGGUAAAUUCGACAACAAAUCCACGAACGAGGAACGUGACGCCAUGCUAAGGGUUAUGCUUGAGUCCGCCGAGGCUGCGGAGAACAUGGAGCAGGACGAGCAGGACGACGAGGACCUCAACGUAAUCAUGAUGCGGUCCGAAGAAGAACUCGAGAUCUUCCAGCGAAUGGAUGCGGAGCGUGAGAGGACGUCCAAGUAUGGACCUAACAGGAAGUUGCCGCGCCUGCUAUGCGAGGCCGAGCUGCCGGACAUUUACAUGAACGAAGACAACCCCGUCGUCGAGGAGAUCGAGGAGAAUUACGGUCGAGGCGCCCGCGAACGCACGCGAGUCAAGUACGAUGACGGUCUUACGGAGGAGCAGUGGCUCGAAGCCGUCGACAACGACGAGGACACAGUCGAAGCCGCCAUAGCACGUCGAGACGCUAAAGUCGCCCGGCGCGCCGCCAACAAAGAGAAGAAGAUCCGCGGCGAGUACGACCUAGGCAACUCACCCCCCGCCUCGCGCGACAGCUCCGAAGAGCCCCAGCUCCCUAAAAAGCGGGGCCGCAAGCCUAAAGCCGAGAAGCGCAAAGCCGACGACGCGUCUCUAGACGGCGACAUCGCGCCGCCAAAGAAACGCGGCCGGCAAGCCAAGGUAACCGACCCGCUCUCCACCGAAGAGCGCAGCACGCUCCAAAAGAUCCUCAACAACGUCUACGAAUACCUGCUGGACCUGGAAGAGACCUCGGCCGACAAGCCCGAACUCCCUCCCCGCGGCAUCAUCGACCCCUUCAUCGACCUCCCCGACAAAAACGACUACCCGGACUACUACCAGCUGAUCCGCUCCCCGAUCUCCAUGAACAUGGUCAAGAAGAAGAUCAACAAGAAGGAGUACACCAGCCUGCGCCAGUUCAGGGCUGAUAUCGGCCUCUUGGCUAACAACUGCCGCACGUACAAUGAGGAUGGGAGCUGGCUGUGGCAGGAUGCGAAUAUGAUUGAGGAGACGGCGCUGAGGAAGCUGAGGGAGGAGACGGAGGCGUUUCCAGAGAUGGCAGACUUUGAGGGCGCGUCGAGUGGUGCCGAUGGCAGGAGUACGGCGCCGGUUAGUAGUGUGGGGACGCCGUUGGCGUCGGGGUCGAACCGUAAGUCUCGACCUCCUUGA